CGCAAAAACAUCCAUUGUACUUAUACUUAAGCGUCGCUGCGUUCCUUGAAGCUUUCAUCGCAAAAUUCACUGAUUGCAUUAUCCCGAUUUCGUUUCGUUGGAAUAUCCGUACCGGUUCUUGUUCAUACAAAGCAAUCAUGAGCUCUCUCGGAAACAUUGCUCUGGUCCUCGGUGCCCUUACCGCUGGAGGUGGUAUUACCGGAUACGUGAGGACUGGAUCUGUACCUUCAAUCGCAGCUGGUUGCACCGUCGGCUUACUGUACAUUCUCGGUGGCCUUCGUGUUAACAGCCGCGCUGCAUACGGUGUUGAGCUCGCUCUUCUCGCCUCCGUCGUCUUGGCUGGUAGCUCUAUCCCGCGCGCAAUCAAAUCUGGAAAGCCGCUACCUAUUGGAUUGAGUAUUCUGGCGACUUUUGGCCUCUGGACUUUUGGAAAUGCCUUUAUGAGUAAGCGCGCUUGAUCCGGGAAAGUCAGUCUGGAAGUUUGAUGGAUUUCGUGAUAUUCGAUGGAAUUUCUUAUUCUAUAUGCAAAUCCCACAGGCCGCAACAGUAAAUGGAAUUGCAAAUGUAUUGCUUCAGCAAUGUUUCCUCCCUCUGGUCACUCCGCACUGAUAUAGUCUACUUACGCUCAAGUUUCAGAUUCGGAUAUGAUUUGGUUCUCUCGAUCUCGUGAAGGUGCUGCAGAGUUGUUAACGCUCUGAUAGGCUCCCCACCAUCGGUGCAAGCCAGGGGGUUCGGGUUAUAUGGAAGAAUGAGAGAUCCACCACACCAACGUUCAGCCACUAUUACUAUGGAAACUCCCCACCUACUGAGUAUCACAGCC